GUUGCUCCAAAGUUUCUGGAGGUCGGUGAAGACGCACAGCAGCAGUGCCCGUGCUGCAGAGGAUAUUACGGGAUUGGACCUACGCUUUCUUGGCUGUUUUUUGGCUUUGAGCUAAAAAAAUAAAUACAAUAUAUGAAGAUUGCCUAUCCACCUUGGAGCUUUUACAUUCACGUGAACUUCUAAAAGGAUGUAUCACUGCUAAUAUUUUACAGAAGAAUUGGAAAGUUUUCCACCGAAAUGGAAGGGACUAUUCCAUGGAUAAUCUUUUCAUUUGUGUUGUUAAUUUGUCAUUGUGAAGGAUACCACUGCUCGGAAAAAAACAGACCGUGUGAAAAUGGUGGCACAUGCAUAGAAUCACCCUUCAAAUGCAUAUGCCGGCCGGGCUUCAUGGGACCUCUCUGCAGGCAGCUGGACCCUUGUCACCGCUCGCCCUGUUUGAACGGAGGGGCGUGCAAAAGCCAGUUGUUGAACGGGGUCCCCCAGUACAGCUGCGUGUGCCAGCGGGGCUUCAGAGGCCAGGACUGCGGCCUGGUUGACGCCUGCGCCACCAGCCCCUGCGCCAACGGGGCCAGGUGCGCCAACUGGAACAGCCAGUACAACUGCUCCUGCCCGCCGGGCUUCCAGGGCAAGAACUGCCGCAGCGACGUGGACGAGUGCCGCAAGCCGGGCCUGUGCCUGAACGCCGGCCUCUGCAUCAACAACCAUGGCUCCUACCGCUGCCAGUGCCCGCCGGGCUACAGCGGGCGCGCCUGCGAGGUGGCCACCCUGCCCUGCGCGCCCUCCCAGUGCCUCAACGGCGGGACGUGUCGCCAGACCAGCGACCACACCUACGAGUGCGCCUGCCUGCCAGGGUUCGCGGGGCACAACUGUGAGAAUAACGUGGACGACUGCCCGGGACAUAAGUGUAUGAACGGAGGCAUUUGUGUGGAUGGAGUCAACACGUACAACUGCCAGUGUGCUCCAGAGUGGACAGGCCAGUACUGCGUGGAGGACGUGAACGAGUGCCUGAUGCAGCCCAACGCCUGCCACAACGGCGGCACCUGCUUCAACACCAUCGGCGGCCACACCUGCGUGUGCGUCAAUGGCUGGACCGGCGACGACUGCAGCGAGAACAUCGACGACUGCGCCAUCGCCGUCUGCUUCAACGGCGCCACGUGCCACGACCGAGUGGCCUCCUUCUUCUGCGAGUGUCCCGUCGGGAAAACAGGUCUUCUGUGCCACCUCGAUGACGCCUGUGUUAGUAACCCCUGUAACGAGGGGGCGGUCUGCGACACCAACCCCCUGAAUGGCCGAGCCAUUUGCACCUGCCCUGCUGGCUUUGUGGGAGGGGCCUGCAACCAGGACAUGGAUGAGUGCUCCAUUGGCGCCAACCCCUGCGAGCACUUCGGGAAGUGCGUCAACACCGAGGGAUCCUUCCAGUGCCAGUGCGGCCGGGGCUACGCCGGCCCCCGCUGCGAGAUCGACAUCAACGAGUGCCUCUCCAUGCCCUGCCAGAACGACGCCACCUGCCUGGACCGCAUCGGAGAGUUCACCUGCAUCUGCAUGCCAGGCUACAUGGGCACCUAUUGUGAGGUCGACGUGGACGACUGCGAGAGCAACCCGUGCGCCAACGACGGCCACUGCCGCGACAUGGUCAACGGCUUCACCUGCAAGUGUCAGCCAGGCUUCACCGGCACCAUGUGUCAGAUCGACGUGGACGAGUGCGCCAGCACCCCCUGCCAGAACGGAGCCAAGUGCUACGACCGGCCCAACGGAUACGAGUGCCGCUGCGCCGAAGGCUACGAAGGCACCCUGUGCGAGAGCAACAUCAACAACUGCCAGCCGGACCCCUGCCACCACGGCACCUGCAUGGACGGCAUCGCCAGCUACACGUGCCAGUGCGAUGCGGGCUACACCGGCUACCGCUGCGAGAACCAGCUCAACGAGUGCCACAGCAACCCCUGCCAGAACGGCGGCAAGUGCGUGGACCUGGUCAACAAGUACAUCUGCCAGUGCCAGCACGGCACCUCGGGCGCCAACUGCGAGAUCAACGUGGACGAGUGCGCCAGCAGCCCGUGUGACUACGGCAUCUGCAAAGACGGCAUCAACCGCUACGACUGCGUCUGCAAGCCCGGCUUCACCGGUUCAAAGUGCAACGUGCAGAUAGACGAGUGUGCGUCGGGGCCGUGCAGGAACGGCGGCACGUGCGUGGACGAGGAGAACGGCUUCCACUGCAUGUGUCCGGUGGGCUUCAAGCCGCCGUACUGCUACUCCCAGGUGGACGAGUGCGGCAGCGGGCCCUGCCUGCACGGGAUCUGCAGGGACGACAUCAACGGGUACCGGUGCGACUGUGAGCCGGGAUGGGUGGGGAAGAACUGCGAAUCGGACAGGAACGACUGCCUGCCCAGCCCCUGUCAGAACGCCGGCUUGUGCAUCGACCAGCUCAACGGCUUCAACUGCAAGUGUCGCCAGGGCUUUAGAGGUAACCUGUGCCAGGUGAACGUCAACGAGUGUUCGUCCAGCCCCUGUCUGAACAAGGGCUUGUGCGUGGACGGCGUGGCCAGCUUCACCUGCCUGUGCGAGCUGCCCUACAGCGGGCCCACCUGCGCCGACGUGCUCACCCCCUGCUCGCCCAACCCCUGCGACAACCACGCCCUCUGCUCCCACACGGCCGACUACCAGGGCUACCAGUGCAACUGCCAGACGGGCUGGCAAGGUCAGAUGUGUAACAUCGACGUGAACGAAUGCAUCUCCAACCCCUGCAAGAACCGGGGCGCCUGCACCAACACCAUGGGGGGCUUCAUGUGCUCCUGUCGGGCCGGCUACCACGGGCUCAUCUGUGAGACCGACGUGGACGACUGCUCCCCCAACCCGUGUCUGAGUGGGGGCUCCUGCAAGGACAGCAUCAACUCCUUCCAGUGCAGCUGCCUGCCCGGCUUCACGGGCCCCAGCUGCGCCAUGGAGGUCAACGAGUGCCAGAGCUCCCCCUGCAAGAACGGCGGCUCCUGCACCGACUACGUCAACUCCUACACCUGCAGCUGCAGGCCAGGCUUCACCGGGAUCCACUGUGAAACCAACAUCCAGGAUUGCACCGAAAGCUCCUGCUUCAACGGAGGGACGUGCACCGACAAGAUCAACGGCUACUCCUGCACGUGUCGCAACGGCUUCACGGGCUCCCAUUGUCAGUACGAGGUGAACGAGUGCGACUCCCAGCCCUGCCUCAACGGCGGCCUCUGCCAGGACGCCUUGGAAUCCUUCCGCUGCACCUGCCCCAAGGGCCACACCGGCAACCGUUGCCAGACGCCAGUGGACUGGUGCAGGCGUUCCUCUCCCUGCCAAAACGGAGGCCGCUGCCGCCAGAAGGACGCCUCGUUCUCAUGCGACUGCGCCGGCAGCUGGUCCGGCCGAUACUGUGACAUCCCCAGGGUGUCCUGCGAGUCCGCCGCACGGCAGAGAGGCCUGCAGACCGACGAGCUGUGCCAACACGAAGGACACUGCGUCAACACGGGCAACACCCACUACUGCAAAUGCCACGGUGACUUCACGGGCAGCUACUGCGAGAGCCCGGUGGAUUACUGCGAGGACAAGCCCUGUCGCAACGGCGCCACCUGCAGGGGCUUCGUGGGACGCUAUCGCUGUGAAUGCAUGCCAGGCUUCACGGGAGAGACCUGUGAGAUGGAGGAGAACGAGUGCGAGUCCCAUCCAUGUCAGAACGGAGGCACCUGCAUCGACCUCGUGGGCCAUUACAUCUGCUCCUGCCCCCCGGGCACACUGGGGGUGUUGUGCGAGAUCAACGAGGACGACUGCGCCCCGCCCUCGCGGAUGCGCGCGGCCCCGCCCAAGUGUCUGAACAACGGGACGUGCGUGGACCGGGUGGGCGGCCACCGCUGCAACUGCCCGCCGGGCUUCACUGGGGAGCGGUGCGAGGGGGACAUCAACGAGUGCCUCUCCAGCCCCUGCAGCCCCGCCAACAGCUUAGACUGCAUCCAGCUGCCCAACGACUACCAGUGCGUCUGCAAGCCCGGCUUCACAGGUCGAAGGUGCCAGAGCCGAUUCAGCGUGUGCGAGUCCCAGCCCUGUCAGAACGGAGGCGCGUGCACGGUGGCUAGCAACAGCGCCAUGGGAUACACCUGCACCUGUCAGCUGGGCUACGUGGGCGCCGCCUGCGAGAGGAGCAUGUCCUGCCGGGAGCUGUCGUGCUACAACGGCGGCAACUGCGCGCUGACGGCGCGCGGCGCCCGCUGCACCUGCCAGCCGGGCUUCGCCGGGCCCCAGUGCCAGCACCGCAGCAACGAGGGCUGCUCGUCCCAGCCCUGCCGCAACGCGGGCCUGUGCACCGAGGAGACCUCCUUCCCCUUCUUCCACUGCCAGUGCCCCGCCGGCUGGGGCGGCAAGCGCUGCGAGCAGAGCGGCAGCAGCAAGCCCCGGGAGCUGCCGGCGCCGGCCUGCCCCCUGGCCGAGUGCCACGGCAAGGCCAACAACAGCGUGUGCGACAAGGAGUGCAACCAGUUCGCCUGCCGCUGGGACGGCGGCGACUGCUCGCUGGCCGUCAACCCGUGGGCCCGCUGCCCCGACCCGCGCUGCUGGCGCGUCUUCAACAACAGCCAGUGCGACGAGUCGUGCAACAACGCCGACUGCCUCUACGACAACUUUGACUGCAAGGUCAAGGAGAAAGUGUGCAAUCCGAUCUACGAGACCUACUGCAUCGACCACUACGCCGACGGCCGCUGCGACCAGGGCUGCAACUCGGAGGAGUGCGGCUGGGACGGCCUGGACUGCGCGGCGGACGUGAAGGAGGACCUGGCCGAGGACCUGCUGGUGGUGGUGGUGCUGCUGCCGCCCGAGGAGCUCCGGCGCUCCAGCACCAUCUUCCUGCAGAAGCUGAGCGCCAUCCUACGCACCACCGUGCGCUUCCGCCUGGACCGCAACGGCGAGGCCAUGAUCCGGCCCUACACCCGGCCUGGGGCGCGCUACAGACGGGAGCUCGAGCGGCAGGAGGAAGUCAUCGGGUCCGUCGUGUACCUGGAGAUCGAUAACCGGCUGGGCUGCGAGCAGGGGGGCUGCUUCCGCACGGCCGACGGCGCCGCAGACUACCUGGGGGCGCUGUCCGCCUGGGAGAUGCUCCGGGACUUCCCCUACCAGCUCAAAACCGUUUCCACAACGCCUGCCCUGUCUGAGCCCGACUACCCCCAGUGGGCCAAGCUGAUCCUGGUGGGUGUCGCCUCCUUGUUCCUGUUUGUCAUCCUGGUGGUGGGGAUGCUGAUCGCGCGCCGGAAGAGGGAGCACAGCACGCUGUGGUUCCCCGAGGGAUUCUUCCCCAAGAAGGAGCCCAGCAGCAACAAGAACCGCAGGGAGCCCGUGGGCCAGGACGCGCUGGGCAUGAAACACAUGCCCAAAACCGUGGAAGAGUCUCUGCUCGGCGACCACAGCGAUCAAUGGAUGGACGCAGACUGCCCGGAGAUCAAAAGACUUAAGAUGGAGGAGCCCAGCAUGAUGUCUGACCAUGAGGACGCGGUGGACAGCAGACAGUGGACCCAGCAUCACCUGGCCGCCGCAGACAUCCGUGUCCCCCCCACCAUGGCCUUGACGCCCCCCCAGGGAGAGUUUGACAGCGACUGCAUGGACGUCAACGUCAGAGGGCCAGACGGCUUCACACCCCUGAUGCUGGCCUCGUUCUGCGGCGGCGGCCUGGAGCCCGAGAUCCCCGAGGAGGAGGAGUCGGAGGAGUGCUCGGCCAACAUCAUCUCGGACCUCAUCUACCAGGGCGCCUCGCUGGCCGCGCAGACGGACCGCACCGGCGAGACGGCGCUGCACCUUGCCGCCCGCUACGCCCGCGCCGACGCCGCCAAGCGGCUGCUGGACGCCGGCGCCGACGCCAACGCCCAGGACAACACGGGCCGCUCUCCGCUGCACGCCGCCGUGGCCGCCGACGCCCAGGGCGUCUUCCAGAUCCUGAUCCGGACGCGCGCCACAGACCUGGACUCCCGCAUGUACGACGGCUCCACGGCGCUCAUCCUGGCCGCCCGCAUGGCGGUGGAGGGCAUGGUGGAGGAGCUCAUCACCUGCCACGCCGACGUCAACGCCGUCGACGAACUGGGGAAAUCCGCGCUGCACUGGGCGGCGGCCGUCAACAACGUGGACGCCACCAUCGCACUCCUCAAGAACGGAGCCAAUAAGGACAUGCAGGAUCUGAAGGAGGAGACGCCCCUCUUCCUGGCGGCCCGCGAGGGGAGCUGCGAGGCGGUGAAGGUGCUCCUCGCCCACUUUGCCAACCGGGAGAUCACGGACCACAUGGACCGGUUGCCGCGGGACAUCGCCCAGGAGCGCAUGCACCACGACAUCGUCCAGCUGCUGGACGAGUACAACACGGUGCGCAGUCCCCAGGGCCACGGCGGCGGCGGCCACCACCUCGCCGGGGGCCACACCCUGUCCCCGCUCAUGUGCCCGCCCAGCGCCUUCCUGCCCAGCCUGAAGACCACCCCGCAGGGCAAGAAGAACCGCCGGCCCGGCGCCAAGGGCACCGGGCCGGCGGGCCAGCACGCCGCCGCCCUCAAGGAGUCGGCGAAGGCCCGCAGCAAGAAGCUGACGCUGGACAUGCAGAGCGCCCUGCUAGAGAGCUCCGUCACCCUCUCCCCGGUCGACUCGCUGGACUCCCCCCGCGGCGGGGCCAGCAACGCCGGCUACAUCACCAACCCCACGUCCCCCGCCGCCAUGGCCUCGCCGGGGCUCUUCCACACCUCCAUGUCGGUGCCAAACACCCCCAUGGUGCACGCCGGCAUGAUGGAGGGCGGCGGCCCCUUCGCCGUGUCCCUGGCCCAGCUCAACGACCUGGGCGACGGGGGGAUGUCCAUGCAGGGCCGCGUCUCCAUGGCCGGCGGGCUCAACCACGGCUACGUGCUCAACGCCGGCCCCAUGGGCAUCAACAUGGGCAUGGUGAGCCCCGUCAGCGUGCCCUUCGACUGGCACAGCCGCAUGACGCCCUCCUCCCAGUGCGGCCAGCAGGUGGUCAACCUGGUGCACACCAGCCAGGCGGGCAUGCACCCGCAGAGCCCGGCCAUGCAGCAGCAGCAGCAGCAGCAGCAGCAGAGCAUGCUCCUGCACCAGCAGAUGUACCGCAACCAGAUGCUGCAGCCCACACCGGUCACCUCCACUCCGACCAUUAGCCCCGUGAAGCUGCCCUCCAUCGCCGAGCAGCAGCAGCAGCAGCAUCAACAGCAGCAGCAGCAGCAGCAGCAGCUUCUCAACCACUCGAUGGUUAGCCAGCAGAGCAUGGGCCGCAUGACCACCUCCACCCCACCGACGCCACAAACCUCCCAGCCCCCGCCGGCCUUCUUCCAGCAGCAGCAGCAGCAGCCCCCUCAGUCCCAGGCCGGCCCCCAGAUGGCCCAGGCAGCCGCCCCGGCGGUCCUGGCUGCACAGAUGCCUCCCUCCCAGGCUGGCAGCAGCACGGUGGGCCUGGAUGACUACCCCACCCCUCCUUCACAACACAGCUACUCCUCCGCCCUGGACGCCACCCCCAAGCAUUACCUCCACCUGCCCAGCGAGCACCCUUACCUGACCCCGUCCCCGGAGUCCCCCGAGCCCUGGUCCAGCCCCUCCCCUCACUGUGUGUCUGAUUGGUCAGACUCGACCCCAAGCCCGGCAGUAGCCGGUCCCGCCCAGACCCAAAUCUCCCACGCCACCGAGGCCGGCGGGAAGAUGCAGGUGUUUGCGUGAGCAAAUGCCGCCUGACAAUGGACUCGGGUCUGAGAAAAUGUGGACUGGCCAUGGGACCUGUCCUUUAUUAAGUAUGUCAGCCUGUUUUUUCCAAGAUUUUUUAUUGGAUUUGGACUGACUGAUGUUUAACCCAAGAGGACUGUCUGCUCGUGAUGUUCGCAGCAAGAACAAAGUAAAGGGAAGUGUACGUUGUCUGUGAGAAAGUGCAGACAAUUUAAUGAAGUAAGACUUAUUCUGUCACAGAUGGACUUGUUUUUUUAUUAUAAAAAAAUAUAUGAAGAAAGCCAAGUCUUUCAUUUCAAAGACUUGGAGAAGACUAACAUUUAAAAAGUAGAUCAAAGUAAAAUGUUGAAGUGAAUACUUUUAUUUUAUUUAUUGUUUUAAUGUCCCUUUUGAAUUGCUUUUUUUCCAUUAUAUAUUCUCUCCGUUUUUCUGACUCCGACCCCCUUGACCCCUAAACCAACCGUACAGAAAAAAAAAAGUUUUGACAUCCAGCAUUGUCUCAUGGACAGAUGUACCCUGGCGAAUAUUGUUCAGCAUUAGCAUUUUCGAUUUCAUGGAAUCGGUUCUUUCUUGAUCACCUUCCAUAGAGCUAUUUAAACAAUGAGUGGACUUGAGGCACCCUGAAGCACUUCACAGGAUGAUAAUAUGACAGUAUUAACUUCUGUGGUUUCUUCGUGAAAAGAUCCCUUCAUUCAAGAGUCAAGGCAAAAUGGCUCAAUGUCAGUUUGGGACGUCAUGCUCCCCUUCCCGGCAUCAGUUAUUGUAUUUCGUAUGCAGUUCAGCCUUUAUUAACUCUACCGGGUACUACCUCCAGGUACUAACAUAGUCUCAGAAAACGUCAGUCGUCGUUGUCGGUUUGUUUUCAUUUAUUUUGUGAACAUUAAUUAGAACUGCAUUAAAAUGAACUGCAUUUCACUGCCCUUUUUUUAACUGUCUUUUUGGAUUGUUUCACUUGCUUAUUUUUAUAAACCGUUCAUUUGUUGACGCUGGGAAUUCUUUAUCAACGCGAUGUGCUAAGCGAUGUUCAUCGGCUGCUAUUUUGUGCAUCCCGGCAGACAUUCCAGUUAUAACUGGCUGCUCAGCGAUAGACGGACACUGAUCUCAGCCCGCAGACUAGAGAACCAGAGUUUUGGAGAUGCAUUCAGAGCUUCAGGGUCACUUGGGGACAGAGAAGGGAAGCGUUACUUUGGGCAGGACGCGCGGUCGUGCAAGUAAGUGCAGGUAAGUGCAGCUGCUGCAAUGCGACUGCAUAAGGGCCCUGUCACUCCUAAGGGAGGCGUUCUCUCUAAAAGUGCCAUAAAGGGCUGGAUACGGAGCAGUGGAGUUGCGGGGGCGAAUCUAGGGUGACAUGUCGGAAGAUGUGAGGGGAGUGAACGCUACCAUGUAGCGCUACAGCCACUCGACAAUACUCCCAAGAUGACACUCUCUACCGUUCUCGCUCGCCCUGCUGUGCUAUCUGUGCUGCCCAGCAAAGCGCCUUUGACUGCCCCACGUGACACAAAACUCUAGGAUAGCAACAUACUCCUCUUGAUAUACAUUCCACUUUUCAGAAGAAAAAAAAAGACAAAAAAAAUGAUUUCAUGAGGGACAAACCUGUUUUGCUGUUUUGAGACUAUUGUGUUUGUUGCCUUCUGUUUGUUGCCUUCUGUUUGCACGCGAUGCCACGACAUCCACAAAGCGGACACCAGCCCCGGAACCAACCCCUGCCAUUUCGGUGCGUCUUAAAUUCUCCUGGUCCAAUUACUUUUGUUUGGGUUACCCAUUAGGAGUGGCGUCGCUCACAUGUGUUCCACUGCUGAAAUGUUUCACUGAUCCGACAGAUUCCAGAAAGUUCUAUUGUAAAGUAGUUUAGAUGUAUGUUCAGCUUCAUCAUGAAUGAUAUGUUUGGUCUUUUUUUUUUGGUCUGUCCAUUUCUUUCCCAGGUCACAUUAUAUUAAGUAUUGUGUACAUUUCAAGCUUUGUGAACCCUUUGUGUAAAUAUGUUGGUCCUGGGUAGAUUUAUUUGUUUGAAAAGUUUUAUGUUUAAAAAAUGGUUAUUUACUAAAAAGGACAUAAAUAAAAACCUUCCUUUUAGCAUUACUGUCAAGCUGUGACUGAUAUGUAUUGGUCUUGUAUUAUUAGAACUGUCAUAGAUAUUUUCUAUCAUUAUUAAUUACUAUACUUGUUUAAAAGUAGUUUGAAAUCAGUGUACAUAAAUCCUUUUCACAGUUUUCUGUCUACAGACAAAAGUUGCAAAAUAAGUUACUUCUAAUAAAAACUGUAGUUACACUA